CUUUCGUCCUCUCUGAAAAUCGAAGGGCUUAAGUAGUUCCUUCAACGGCGGCAGCAGCGAAGAGUCAUCUGUGAAUUCAUUCGGAGCGAACAAUGGUUGAUGCAGCCAUAAUCAAGGGCUUGCUUUCAAAUUUGGCCCCUCUGAUUAACGACGAGAUCUCAUUGUUUUGGAGUUUUAAGAAGGAUGUUCAGAAGUUGUCGAGCACGCUAUCUUCCAUUUGUGCCGUCCUUGAGGAUGCCGAAAGAAAGAUCGUGCAGGAGGGGGACAAACAAACUGAAGACUGGCUGCGGAAACUGAGAGACGUGGCAUAUGAGGUUCGUGACAUCGUCGAUGAGUGCACAUAUGAAGACCUUCGUCUUCAAGUCAACAGGCUUAAUGCCUCCUCGUCAGUCAGGAUCCGGGUAGCCAAUUCAAUAGCCCGUCCGUUUACCGGUACUUGGACCAAGAUUACAGUCGCUCACAAGAUGAAGAACGUUCGAGAGAAGCUUGAUCAAGUCUCUUCAGAGCGCCAAAAGCUUCAUUUGGGCCAAUGUACUAGUAGGUACGAUACUAGUCGCUGCUGGCGUGAGACCAUGUCUCUUCCUAGCUCUACCAGAGUAUACGGGAGGGAUAAGGAGAAGGCGCAGAUAAUUGAUGUUAUACUCAACGCAACAUCUAGUGAACAACUAUCUAUUCUGCCCCUUGUUGGAAUUGGAGGUCUAGGUAAAACCACACUCGCCCAACUGAUCUUCAAUGACGACCAGGUUUCAAAGCAUUUUGAUACAAAAAUCUGGGUUUGCGUUUCCCAAGAAUUUCAUCUUAUCCCGGUGAUCAAAUCCGUCUUACAAGUAAAAGUAAAGGCGGAAGCUUCCUUGGAAGAAUUGCAGCAAAAAGUUAGAGAUAAAUUGAUUGGGAAAAAAUAUUUACUUGUACUGGAUGAUGUUUGGAAUGAAAACAUCGAGGCAUGGGAUAAGUUAAAAUCUAUCUUGGACUGUGGAUCAAACGGUUCGUUCAUCCUUACCACGACCCGCAAACGAAAUGUGGCGGAAAUCAUGGAAACGAUCGACCAUGUCGUCUUAUCAUUGCUCUCCGACGAAGAUUGUUGGCUCCUGUUCGAACAACGAGCGUUUAUGCAUAGAAGAACACCAAAAACUCCCAACUUUAUUGAGAUUGGGAAAGGAAUUGCCGGGAAAUGCAAGGGUGUUCCUCUCGUCGCAAAAAUACUGGGAAGUCAAUUGGGCUUCAAGAGUGAUCCAGAAGAAUGGCGUAAGACGAGAGACAGUAAGAUUUGGGAGAUAUCCCAAAAUCAAGAAUACGAUGUCUUGCCUAUUCUAAGGUUGAGUUACUAUGACCUCCCUUAUCAUUUGAGGAGAUGCUUUGUGUUUUGUGCUAUAUUUCCCAAGGAUGCUGAAUUUGACGAUGUGAGAUUAAUCCGACUGUGGAUGGCCCAUGGUUUAAUUCCUACCGUUAAAAACCAAGAGUUUGAAGAUGUUGGGAAUACAAUUUGGAAAGAGUUGGUGUGGAGAUCAUUUUUUCAAGAUGAAAGGCAUUAUGCAGAUGAGUUUGGAAUAUUUCAUAAAACAUGUAAGAUGCAUGAUCUCGUUCACGAUCUUGCCGAAUCUGUUAUGAAAGAUGAAUGUUAUAGGAUGGAUGCUAAUAGCUCAAGUGGUGAUGGUUUAGGAAAAGAAAUCCGUCAUGUAAUGGUUGAUAAGUUAGACAAAACAUCAGUCGGUUCCCUUAAGAAGAAAAUCAGAGGAUUGCAAUCAAUAAUGGUCACAACAACAACAACAACGGAUAAAUGGAGUGGGUUGAAGGAAUUUCCGUCAUUACGUGUCUUACAAAUAAGGAACAAUCAAGUUUUGCCUUCUGUGGGAGGUCUAAAACAUCUCAGAUACUUGGACAUUUCCUGUAGUAGGAUAACAACAUUGCCAAAUGUUAUUUGUGAUCUCUUGAACUUACAUACUCUAGAUCUCACAUGUUGUUAUAUGCUUCAAAGUUUGCCCAGAAAUAUGAAAGACCUCCUUAGCCUACGACAUCUUUGUUUGGAGGGCUGUAAUGAAUUAGAAUCUAUGCCUAGAGGGAUGAGGCAAUUGAAACAUCUGAAGACGUUCAGCUUGUUUGUGGUAGGUAAGGAAGAGAGAGACUGCCAGCUAGAUGAACUAAAAGAAUUGAAUUUUGGCGGAUCGUUGACAAUUAAAAAGCUUGGAAGAGUUAGCGAUGCAUCUAUUGCGAGAGGGAUAAGUAUGGCUAACAAGUCGAGUAUCACAGAGUUGAAGUUGGAUUGGACAUCUGAGACCGAGACUAGACAUGAGAAAAUAGGUGAAGCUCUAGAGGUUUCAACUGCAAGGCUGAAGAUAUUGAAAAUGGAUGGUUACACAGGUGUGAAUGUCCCUACAUGGGUGGAAAAGUCAUUGUUGCUAGAGGAGCUUUCUAUUGACGGAAUGAACAAUUUGAGGGAAUUGAUGCAUUAUAACUGUACUGGAGCAUUCCCUAAUCUAUGCAUGCUGAAGAUAUCUAAAUGCCCAAAGCUAAGGAGCUUGCCCCCACAUCUCAAAACACUCAAAGAUCUAACUGUUGUAGGUGAAUGUUUGGAUGAUUUGUUAUAUAGCAUCUGGAAUCUGAAUGGUCUCACUUGUCUUGAACUUGUGGAUUUGAACAAUUGUGUGGAGCAAUUAUUCCCUUUGAGGGAAUUUGUAUCUCCUACUACUAUUACUGCUGAAGCAUUCCCUAAUCUAUCGAAGAUUGUGAUACAUAAUUGCCCAAACCUAGGGGCCUUGCCACCGCAUCUCAAAGCACUGAAAGAAGUAACAAUUGGGGGUGAAUGUACGGAUGAGUUGUUACACAGCAUCCCAAAUCUUAGUGCUCUCACUCAUUUCUCAAUUUCUUAUAAUAAAAGAAGAGUUUUAUUUCCAGCUCCAUCCUCAAACUCCUCCUCAUCAACUUUCCAAUCUCUUCAAUCUCUGAAUAUUUUUGGGUGCUUCAAGUUAAGACGUUUGUUUGAUGAGGGAAUGAUAAGUGGCUGCGACAUGCAACAAAAGCAGCAGCAUCAUCAUCAUCUUCAAGGUCGCAUCAACUCUCUCACGGAAUUGCGACUUGAGAUGUGCGCCUUGACGAUAUCACUUGAGGAAUUUCGAAACCUCGAUAUGAAUAAUUCACUAAAGAUUGUGCAUAUCAGCCAUUGUCCUAACUUGGUGUCUUCAGAAGAAGCGGACGAUUUUAUUGCACUCGUGCAUUCCCUUAAAACCAGAUUGGGUACUAAAAUCUUUGCAGACAAUCUAAAUGAUGGCGGAAAGCAUUCCGGGGGAUGUUGUAGCAAAAUUGAUCAUUCGGGAGCAUGGAUCUGCGAGGAGAUGAGCUUCUGCCCCUCGUGCGAGCAGUCUCUGGAGGCUCUGAAGGUGCAGGAGGCUCAGGAGGCGCAGGAGGCUCAGGAGGCGCAGGAGGCUCAGGAGGCGCAGGAGGCUCAGGAGGCGCAGGAGGCUCAGGAGGCGCAGGAGGCUCAGGAGGCGCAGGCAAAUCUCAAACUGUGAAAAGCAACAAUUCAAGCCAAAUGUUCUAAUAGUAUAAUUUUCUUUGCAGCUUUAAUUGGAUUUCAAAUUUACUUUUUACAUAUUUGAUUGGAUGCAUAUAUAGUUAAAUUUAUCUGUUGUUGAUCAGAGUUAUAAUACUGAUAUAAAUGAGCUGUUAUUGAGACUCUUAAAUUAUGAUUGUUUGCUGAGUUAUAAUACUGAUGUAA